CAAUACCGAUGAACAAAACCCUCCGAUGACGCAAUUGAUUUUAUCACUGUAAUCCCAGCCGAGCGCAAAAAAUGGCCACUUCCGAAGAAGAAAGCAACCACAUUCUGGAACAAUAUCAGUCAUUAGGCAAUACGAUAUUCUUUGCGCCAGUACAACCAGAACAUUUAAUCCGCAUUCAUGAGCUUGAAUCGUCGUCGUACCCAGCUGAUGAAGCUGCCACUUUUCAAAAACUAGAGUUCCGCAUUCUUAGCGCCCCCAACGUUUUCAUGGUAGCGAUGCAAUGCCGUGACGGUGGAGCAGAACCGGAGGUCGUGGGAUAUGUUUGUGGCACAUGCACGAAUGCCGGGCGAUUGACGCACGAGUCCAUGGCCACGCACGACCAGGAGGGUGCCCUCCUGUGCAUCCACUCAGUGGUGGUGGAGGCGGGGCUGCGCCGUAAGGGCCUGGCCACGCGGCUGCUCCGUGCGUACGUGCCGUACGUGCAGGCUACGACCCCCCACCUUCAAGCGAUACGGCUCAUUUGCAAACAGGACCUGAUCGGACUGUACGAGAAGGCGGGGUUUACGUUAGCGGGGCCCUCGGAUGUCGUGCACGGGCGCGACCCGUGGUUUGAGAUGGUUUUGGAGCUGCCAAGCGGCGAUUCUUGAGAGCGCGGCGGCGGUGGCAGCAAAGGAAGUGACUGUACGUCGUUUGUUGCGGCGGCAGUGGCAGCAAAGGAAGUGACUGUACGUCGUUUGUUGCGGCGGCAGUGGCAGCAAAGG